ACCACUCACAAGAGCUUACCUCACGCGGGAGCCGCUAUUAUCGCGGGCUAGACUUGCCAUGACACUCAGGUACUUAUCGUCUGGAAUGCAGAUACAGGACAUUGCUCUGGCCUUUAGAGUCGGAAUCUCGACAGCGGCGGGUGUCAUUCACUCCACCUGCAAGAUUCUCUGGACAGCUCUCCAACCCCUUUGUCUAAAGGUGCCAACUACUGAGAGAUGGCAGGAAGUUGCUGAGGGCUUCCAGAACAAGUGGAAUUUCCCCCACUGUGUUGGUGCUGUGGAUGGCAAACACAUCGAGAUUCAGGCACCACCGAAUUCUGGUAGCUUAUACUACAACUAUAAGGUGCAGUUUGCGUCAGUACUUUUUAUGAGCUGUAUUUCUCACUGCAUUUAUGAUUUGUUGUCAUUACAGGGUACAUACUCUAUCGUACUAAUGGCUGUUGUGGACAGUGACUUGAAGUUCGUUGCUGUAGACGUCGGUGCCUACGGACGACAGAGUGAUGGAGGUACCCUAAGUGCCUCUCAGUUCGGUAAAUGUCUCGAAAAUGGCCUCCUCGGCCUGCCACCACCAAAGCGGCUUCCAAACUCGACAGUAAUCGCACCAUAUGUGUUCUUGGGGGACGAAGCGUUCCACCUACGCCCCGACUUUUUGAGACCAUACCCGGGAAAGCACCAGGACGAUGACAAACGAAUAUUCAACUAUCGGCUCAGCCGUGCAAGGUGACUUAAAAGCGCAAUAACCAUGUAGUGAA